UGGCGGAGAGUGUCGCACGCAGGGUGCACUCCUGCCUGCCUGCUUGGGCCCGCACACACAUGCACACACACACACACUGUUUCUCACGCGCGGACACCAAAAACCUGUGAGAAACCGACACCAAACGGAUUGACGCUACAUUUCAGUGCCAAAAAAACCCCCCAAAACCAGGUCACUCGAGUGUUUUCCCGGAUCGCCUCUGAGCGCGAGCUGUCUGUCCGGAGUUGCUCGACGUGGGACUCGAUGAAAGAUGACAGAGGAGGUGAUUGUUAUAGCCAAGUGGGACUACACCGCUCAGCAGGACCAGGAACUAGACAUCCGGAAAAACGAGCGCCUGUGGCUCCUGGAUGACUCUAAAACCUGGUGGAGAGUCCGCAAUGCGUCCAACCGCACAGGUUAUGUCCCGUCCAACUAUGUCGAGCGCAAGAAUAGCCUUAAGAAAGCUUCGAUUGUAAAGAACCUGAAGGAUACACUUGGUUUGGGCAAAACGAAAAGAAAGACAAGUGCACGUGAUGCCUCUCCCACACCAAGCACAGAUGCAGAGUACCCAUCCAACGGGAGCGCAGGAGGCAGUGGAGUCAGUGGGGCAGAACGGAUCUUCGAUCUGAACAUUCCAGCAGUGGUGAAGUUCUCCUACACAGCAGAGCGCGAUGACGAGCUGAGUUUAGUUAAAGGAGACCGGGUGGUGGUGAUGGAGAAGUGCAGUGACGGCUGGUGGAGGGGGAGCCAUGACGGACGUGUGGGAUGGUUUCCUUCUAACUACGUCCGGGAAGAACCGGCGUAUGCGGAUACAAGUGCAGGGUUUGGAGGGGACACGUUGGGGGGGAUUCGCUCCCUGAGAGCAGGGCAAGGAAUGGGACUUGCCAAUGGCCGGCUGACAGGCACAGGGAGUACAGUAUUUCACGUGGUCCAGACUCUGUACCCCUUCAGCUCGGUUACUGAUGAGGAGUUGAACUUUGAGAAGGGUGAGACCAUGGAGGUGGUGGAGAAGCCUGAGAAUGACCCUGAGUGGUGGAAGUGUAGAAACAGCAAGGGCGUGAUUGGCCUUGUGCCGAAGAACUAUGUGGUUGUGCUUAAUGAAGGGCCUGCUGUGCGCAACCUUGCCUCCCCUCCAAUUAGCCACAUGGGCCCAUCCCGUACAGGCAGGUUUGCAGGCAAGGAGUGGUACUACGGUAAUGUGACACGGCACCAGGCAGAGUGCGCCCUCAACGAACGAGGAGACGAAGGAGACUUCCUUAUAAGAGACAGCGAGUCCUCGCCCAGUGAUUUCUCAGUGUCUUUGAAGGCAGUAGGAAAGAAUAAACACUUCAAGGUGCAGAUGCAGGAUGGAGUCUACUGUAUUGGCCAGCGACGUUUCAACAGUAUAGAUGAGCUGGUGGAGCACUACAAAAAAGCUCCCAUCUUCACCAGUGAACAGGGAGACAAACUCUAUCUGGUCAAGCCUCUUGCAUGAACUCGACUCUAUUCUACUGGAUUAAUUUUGCCUUUCUUUCAGUAUUUCUUUUGCCCCUUUUCUGAUCUCUACCUGUAUCCUUGUAGGACUUUAAUCAAGCCUUGGGGCUGGAUAGCAGGAUCCUUUCAUGAGGGAAAACAUAAUUAUUUUGGCUUAAAGUCCUUUGCUCUUCACCUGGCUAUUUUGAGGAGAAACUGGAUGUUCUUUUAAGUUGAAAUACCCAUAAGCCUGUUAAACAUUCUUUGUUUCAAGGCUGAAUUCCAGCCUCUGAGGAUGACCUAGAAAGAAAUAUGGUCUGAUUCACUGUGUGACCAUUGUUAGCACUCCCUCUGCCUUUGGCGUACAGCUCCUCUGCUCCUACUGGCUUUGCUAAAAUAGCAUCUGCGUUUAAAACCUGUUUCACUUCAACUUAGACUGUUUCAGAUACUUCACUUUGUGCAUUAAUGAGAAGCAGAUCAGGCCAACAGUAGGAUGGGUUGAUUUUAGAUUUAUAUUUUGCACUAUUUGAUGCACAUGAUUUCAAAGGGUCAACGAGCAUAAAGCGCACAGUGGGAUGCAGCCCAGAUUGUGUGUCCACUUAAAGAGCCGAUAUGUAGAGCACAUUAGCUUCUUCGCAUGUCUGCCACUGUAUCAGAAUUCAGUUUUAAUGUAUUUCAGCACUGAAGCUAAAUAGACCAACUAUUAAUUGGAACUGUGCUCUCUCUCUUAUCCUCCCGAGACUGUUUCAGCCUAGAAGCCAAUCUCAAAACGCUGACUUCCAUUCAUGCCAGCUCUCAAUCUCUCCGACUCAGUGCACACAGAGAACUUUGGUUUCUCGGUUUUUACUGUAUUCAGCUCAAAUGUUUACCGCGAACACAAGUCGCUCUUCAGGGUUCCUUUAGGUUCAGGGUAAUAAUGGGGCUACAUCUAUCAGCCUUGAUACACUAGAAAGAGGAGGGUCUAGGCAUCUUUAUUGACCCAACCUGGGGUUUGAAUGUGUUUCCUACCACAGCCAAAUGUGCCACAUAUCUCCUGUAUGACAAUGCUUAGUGCUCUUAACAACUCAGAGUUCCCUCACACACACACACACACACACACACACACACACACACACACACACACACCUUCUCUUCUCUUAAUAACAUUCACACUUGCCUAGCUGAUUGUAAACACUAAGAGUAAUAAUACAUAUUAUUAGUUAUUAUUAGUCAAACUGUUUUUAUUCUCUUUCCUUUUGCCACAUCUGUCUGUUUACCAGGACGAGUAGUGUUGAUCGAGGUUUUUCUUUUUUUUUUUAAAGAUAUGUCUGAAUGUUAUUGAGCAAUGUUAUUUAAUUCUUCCUUUUACAAUAUGUACAUAUAUACAUAAAAAAAAAUAUAUAUAUAUAUAUAUAUAUAUAUAUAUAAAUAUAUAUAAAUAUAAAGAUAAGUUGCAUUUAUGAAUUGUUUAGAUCCAACAUUAUGGUACUGUACUGAGGACAGUGUGGUGAGAAUUUAAAUACUUUUGUUCAAUAAAAGUUUUGCAGAAUAACA